AUGUGGGCUCUCUUGGUGCUCUGCAGCAUGAUCGCCUCACAUGGUGUGCAAGGUUCAACUACACCAGACCUAACAGCAGACACCUCAUAUGAUGCUUUAACAGGCGCACCAUGUGGUGGCUACCUGUACAAUAGCAGAGGCUCCUUUUUCAGCCCCAACUACCCAGGAAGCUACCCUCACCAUGCAGACUGCGUGUGGUACAUCAGACCAGGCAGUCAAGUGAUAGAGCUGGAAUUCACAGAAAUGGAUCUUGAAAAUCACUUCAGCUGCGGGUAUGAUGCCAUCUAUGUCUAUGAUGGCUCCAGCACUGGCACACCGCUCCUGGGUAGGAUCUGUGGAAACUGGAGUGCCACCUUUCACUCCACUGGUUCUUACCUGACUGUGCGAUUCACAAGUGACGGCAUUGUUAGCCACAGGGGAUUCCGUGCUGAGUACCGUGUUGUGGCAAACCCCUGUGGAGGCUCCAUGUAUGGCUCUGGGUCCUUCUCCAGCCCUUACUAUCCCAGCUACUACCACGACAAUUCAUACUGUGUGUGGUACCUCAGAACUAGAUCUGAUGAAAGAAUCUCUCUGUCAAUCACAGACCUGCAGUUUGAGAACUGCUGCUACUGUGACUACAUUGCAAUCUACGAUGGGCCAUCUCUUGGUUCACGAUUCCUGGGGAAAGUGUGCGAAAAUAGCACUAAUGAUUUCUUCCAUUCAUCCUCCAACUACAUGACUGUGCUCUUCCGGACUGACGGUUCUGUGGUUGGCCGAGGGUUCAGUGCGAAGUUCACCAGCUCUCUCCCGCCAAGCUCAGGCCGUGUGGACUGUUCCUCCGACAACAUGAACAUUGUAAUUUCAAGGUCCUACCUGACGUCUAUGGGCUAUGGCGGCCAUGACCUGUACUUGAAUGACCAGUACUGCAGACCGCAGAUUACGAGUUACCAAGUGAUCUUCAGCUUCCCUGUAAACACUUGUGGCACCAUUCGAAGGUUUGAGAAUGGCAGAGUUUUGUACACCAAUGCUAUCCGUGCCCAUAAAUCCCAAUAUGGUGAGAUAACACGCCAGUCCCACUUCAAGCUGCAUGUGGACUGUAGGAUGGAGCAGGAUACAACGGCCCAGAUCAUGUACAUCGCCCGUGACACAAACAGCAGUGACGUAACAGGCUCAGGAAGAUUCAAUGCCACCAUGGCUUUCUACACCUCCAGCAGCUUCUACUACAAGAAAAUCAGAGCACAGAUGUCUACAUUUUGCAUUACAACCAUCAGGCAGAGGCUAACAUUUCUGGUUUUGUGUUUUCUCUUCUAUCAGGUGACUGAAGUCCCAUACAAAGUGAGCCUCAACCAGGACAUGUUUGUCGAAAUGAGACUGAGGAGGGACGAUUCCAGCCUGGUCCUCUUCGUCGACACAUGUGUGGCCUCACCAAAUCCCCAUGACUUCCACACCAGAUCCUAUGAUCUCGUCCGCGACGGAUGUAAGAGGGACAGCACCUACUACGCCUACUCCUCUGGGUCUUCUUACGUAGCCAGGUUCACAUUCAAGUCCUUCCAGUUUCUGCGAACUCAUGAUUCGGUGUACCUGCAGUGCAAGAUCCUCAUAUGCCCAGCCUCUGACUACAACUCCCGCUGCCGUCGUGGCUGCUACAAACGCAAGGCCAGAGACCUGGGGUCAGAACAUGAGAGCCAAAGUCUGGUCCUGGGUCCCAUCCAGCUUAAAGACUUUGAGAAGCAGGAUGGGGGGGAUCCAAAGGAUGAAGAGACUCCAAAAGAGGAGAAUAAGGCUGAAUGA